UUUACGACAAUAUCUUCAGACAUGCCAUUCAUCUAUAGCGAGACCAUACCUCCAGCUAUCCCAACCUCAUAAUGGCGACCCUCGUAGCUCUCCCGCACGAAUUAUCCCUUCAUAUCUUCAGCCUCCUCGAGUGCAACAACAAAGUCCAUCUGAGUGCUACAUGCAGGUCAUUCAGAACUCAGUUGAUACCCGAAAUUUUCAGUACAAUACGAUUCACCAGCGAUGAGGCAUCAGCAGCAUCUGCAUUGGCCGCCGUCGAAACUUACGGUCAGUACACGAAAAAAAUCGAGUUCACAUGUCAAUGCAAUCAUGAAGAGAGCCCACCGCCACCGGGGCCAUCUCUGCCGCCAGCAGCUUGCAAGCUCUUGAAAGGCCUCCUGACGCCAAACUUGCACACGGUCAAACUCGGGUUUCAAUUCGGCCUCGAUGAUGAGGACCUCGACCCCUUUGAUAUUUAUGAUGAUUUAGAGGACGCCGGCAGGGUUCGCCUGUCGGAAAGGCAAGACAGGUGGCGAGCGCAGAUGAAUGGGGCUUGGGAGGCCCUUGUGGGUAAUGCCCUUGUAAGAGAGCUUAUCCUUGAUGAGCUGCCCGCAAAAUGGACCUCUACAUAUGAUACCGAUGCCUUUCGCCGUUUUCUCAACCAACUUGAGUCUGCGACGAUUCAUAUAUUUGGCAUUCCAUAUGAAGAGUGGCGGAGUAAUAUAACAAGCGGCUAUGAAGAUUUUGUCAACAAGUUGGGUGCUGCAUUUUUCAGCCAUAUGGACGGACUCAAGCAUUUACAUCUCUGGGCGACAGAUCCGCUCGGCCUCGCGGGUGAAAGGAUGCCUUACACCAAGCUUCCUUUGCGUCCUGAAGACCUCCCUGCUUUACAAUCUCUCACGCUGGAAAACAGUUUUGUCAGUCCAGAGUUGAUUCCGUUCAUAAAAUUCCACGCUCAGGUCCUCAAAUCUCUCCGCUUAAACGAGUCCUUCUGUGGGGACUACUUAUCCUGGACCGAUUUUUUUGAUCAAGUAUACGAAGGGAAGCCCUCACUUACCGAAGUGAUAUAUAGAGGCGACAAAGCGCCAUUUAUGAUCGACGAGGAAGACGAAGUGUGGUGGGCUGACGAGUCAGAUCUUUUGCAUUUCCGCCAAAGGCUGGAAGCAGAUCCAACACUGAAUGUGUUUCGGCGGGGACAUUUAGACCCAGAUACAGGAGUGCUCUUCUUUAAUCUCCGUGAGGAAUUGAAGAGGUUUAACCAGGGUGAUGAUCAGAGGGCAUACGUUCGUCUCAUGGGACUAGUCAAUGGAAACAGGGCAGAGGCAAAGGUUAACUUCAGAUAGCUGCAACGUUUCACCCUGCAACUUCAACAGAUGAGGUCAGCUGU